UUACAGGAUUUCAAGUGGUGUUUUCGUAAGUCUACAAAAAUUCAACAAUCGAUAAGGAUUGAUUAAUUAUGUCGCAUCGUCGUACAUCAAUGGGUCAACUGAAGCAUCGAAUUUUUCGGAAGAAGAGUGCGAGUUUUACGAAAAUUGAACUUGAUGACACUAAGAAUAGUGAAGAAAUAGAUGAUAAUGAUGCGAAAAGUACAGCAUCAGGUUCGAAAACUUGGACGAACGCAAUGGGACGUUCACUGCGGCGAAGACUGAGUGCUUUUCGGAAGGAUACGAGUGAUAAUGAAAGUUCCGUUGUUUCGAAGUCAAUACCGGAGCGGGUCAAUGUUAUCCAGCUUCGGAAUUCUUCAUCACACCGGAACACUCCUUCAAAUAUCGUGAGGUAAUUGUUCUGUAAUUUCACUAUUUGUUUGUUUUUUAUGUUAACAUCAGCAUCAUUUCGACUGUCGCUUUCGAAUGUGAUAUGUAACUACUGUUCAAUGGUUAUCUGGAAAAUUCAAUUAAUAACGCUUAGUACUAGUUUUUAUACCAGAAAUAACAAUCAUUUGUUCUUUUUUUUCCACUAAUGCUUAUAAUUUCCC